AAUGUCAAAAAAACAUUGUCAAAAAAAAAUCACCAGUGGAGUAAAAAGAAAUAAUGUCCUUGUCCCUCGAAGAAACCCACGCGAAAUUUCUCAAGGGUAUAAUCGAAGCCUCGAAACUCUAUCCUCGUAAUAUUCUAUCGACAAUUCCCAGCGUUUUAUUUUUAAUAUCGACUUUUGCAUUGAUCCGAACUCAAAUCCAUAAAUAUACGGAUUCGCGUACUUCAUGGAAAACAAAACUAUGGAGAAACAUUGUGUUCCAUUGGAUGUAUUUUUACAUGUCGCGAAUCUGGUUUUUGUUUCUAAAAACGUGCAAAUGGACUUUGGAUUAUUCAGAUAAGGCAAUUGAGGCUUCCUUAAGAUCCGAUGCAAUGUUGUACAACAAAAUAAUGACCCAUUCGAGUAUUUUCGGCAUAGUCAUGUGCAUAGCGGCGAUUCCUUGUUUGGUUUUGAUAAUUUGGUACUUGAACAGGCGAGGAAAUGUAGACUUUAUGUGGGUGGACGAAGACCCGUACCUCAGAAGCGAAAUGGGCACUUCGGGUCAUUACUUGGAUCGUCCUGUUAGUGGUGCUGUUGUUCAUAAUUUCGUUUCUGAGCCGUCUUACCGAUCAGGAAGAUCAUCUAGCGUCGAUACUGAUGUCCAUUUGAGAGCCAGAAGUGUUCUGAGACCCGUUCAAUCUGCUCUGAGUUUUGUCAGCGGCAAAUAUGUUUAUGGUUAUUGAAUGGAUUUGUCCUUAAUAAAAUGUUGUUGAAACAA